AUGUCCAUGUCCAACUCCGCCUGGCGAGCUUUGCACUACAGUGCAAAGCGUCGCGUGUUCCAGCCCACCGCAUACCGCUGCUUCUCCUGCGCCACCCGCGUCCAGAACAAGCCCGAGAAUGACCGCAUGACACACUUCGGAUUCACCAAUGUCCCCGAGUCAGAGAAGGAGACGCGAGUCGGCGCCGUCUUCAGCUCCGUGGCAGCCUCCUACGACCGCAUGAACGAUCUCAUGUCCCUCGGCAUCCACCGCCUCUGGAAAGACCACUUCGUCCGAUCCCUCAACCCAGGCUCAUGUCUGCCCGCCCUGACAGCCGACAAGCCAGGCUGGAACAUCCUGGACAUCGCCGGCGGGACCGGCGACAUUGCGUUCCGCAUGCUCGACCACGCCACGCACAUCAACCACGACAUGGAGACCCGGGUGACAAUCAGCGAUAUCAACGCCGACAUGCUGGCCGAGGGCCGCAAGCGCUCCCUCGACACCCCCUACUACAACACCAAGCGAUUGGACUUCGUCGAGGCCAACGCCGAACACAUGCCGCAUAUUCCGGAUGCGUCCAUCGAUCUCUACACUGUUGUCUUUGGUAUUCGCAAUUUCACCGAUAAGCAGGCGGCGUUGAACGAGGCAUUCCGCGUCCUCAAGCCCGGUGGUGUCUUCGCUUGCAUGGAGUUCAGCAAGGUUGAUAACCCUGUUUUGGACACGAUCUACAAGAACUGGAACUUCAGUGCUAUUCCCCUGAUCGGACAGGUUGUUGCCGGUGAUCGCGAUAGCUACCAGUACCUCGUUGAGAGUAUUGAGCGCUUUCCCAGCCAGGAGGAGUUUAGAGGUAUGAUCCAGAAGGCUGGAUUUAUGAUUCCUGGCCAGGGCUAUGAGAACCUGACUGGUGGAAUUGCUGCCAUCCACAAGGGCAUCAAGCCCAUCUCCAAGGCUUGA